CAUUGCAAGCCUUCCCGGUUACUUGUUCACUAACAAGGUCGGGACGGCAUGGCCCUUGGAGCUGCGUACCAUCACUACCUGCAGCUCGCCGGCGACCAUGGCACCGCCACACACGCACUGCUCCUCGGCGUACUUAUCUUCCUCGUCAUCCGCCUAGUAUCCGCAAGGCGAACCGGCACAACCUCAGCCAACAAACGUAAGCAGCAACAGCGGCUUCCGCUCCCGCCUUCGCCCCCGGGCAAGCUGCCCAUCAUCGGCCACCUCCACCUCAUCGGCGCCGAGACCCACAUCUCGAUCCGGGACCUGGACGCCAAGCACGGGCGCAACGGCCUGCUGCUCCUCCGCAUCGGCGCCGUGCCCACCCUGUUCGUGUCCUCGCCCAGCGCCGCCGACGCCGUCCUGCGCACCCAGGACCACAUCUUCGCGUCGCGGCCGCCGUCCAUGGCCGCCGAGAUCAUCCGCUACGGGCCCUCGGACGUCGCGUUCGUGCCCUACGGCGAGUACUGGCGGCAGGGCAGGAAACUCCUCACCACGCACAUGCUCAGCACCAAGAAGGUGCAGUCCUUCCGCCAUGGCCGACAGGAAGAGGUGCGGCUCGUCAUGGACAAGAUCCGCGCGGCUGCCACCGCCGCGCCGCCGGCGGCGGUGGACCUGAGCGAUCUCCUGUCCGGGUACACCAACGACGUGGUGUGCCGCGCGGUGCUGGGCGCGUCGCACCGGAACCAAGGCCGGAACAGGCUGUUCAGCGAGCUGACAGAGAUCAACGUGUCCCUCCUCGGCGGGUUCAACCUCGAGGACUACUUCCCCCCGAAUAUGGCCAUGGCGGACGUGCUCCUCCGGCUGGUGUCCGUCAAGGCCCGGCGGCUCAACCAGAGGUGGAACGACGUGUUCGACGAGCUCAUCCAGGAACACGUGCAGAGCAGGCCCUCCGGCGAGAGCGAGGAGAGCGAGGCGGACUUCAUACACGUUCUGCUCUCCAUACAGCAAGAGUACGGCCUCACUACGGACAAUCUCAAGGCCAUCUUGGUGGACAUGUUCGAGGCAGGUAUAGAGACAUCUUACCUGACGCUAGAGUACGGCAUGGCCGAGCUCAUCAACAACAGGCACGUCAUGGAGAAGCUACAGACGGAGGUGAGGACGACGAUGCGCUCGCCGGACGGCAAGAAGCUGGACAUGCUAGCGGAGGAGGACCUCGGCAGCAUGCCCUACCUCAAGGCGACCAUCAAGGAGACGCUGCGCCUGCACCCGCCGGCGCCGUUCCUCCUCCCGCACUACUCCACCGCCGACUCCGAGAUCGACGGCUACUUCGUCCCAGCCGGGACGCGCGUCCUCGUCAACGCCUGGGCGCUCGGGAGGGACCGCACGACGUGGGAGAAGCCGGAGGAGUUCAUGCCGGAGCGGUUCGUGCAGGAACCGGGCGCCGUGGACGUCCACAUGAAGGGCAAGGACCUCAGGUUCAUCCCGUUCGGCUCCGGCCGGAGGAUCUGCCCCGGGAUGAACUUCGGAUUCGCGACCAUGGAGAUCAUGCUGGCCAAUCUCAUGUACCAUUUUGAUUGGGAGGUUCCGGGCUCUGCAGCAGGGGUGUCCAUGGACGAGUCCUUUGGGCUGACGCUUCGCCGGAAGGAGAAGCUUCUCCUUGUUCCAAGGAUUGCUUCCUGAUAAUCCUACAUCUGUAAAACUUGUGUCUUGCUAGCUGUACCGGGAACAAGAUUAAAUAAUGCAAGGAAUAAAGUGACUCUGUUCUUCG